UCUUCAUCACACUUCACCGGGCCGGCCAAAUGGACAGGCGCACGGCUUCCAUUCCAGUUUUCAUCUUCCUGAUCCUCCUCCUGUUCUUGAGUUCUGGUUGUCAAUCCGCCGACCGAUUGACACAGGCAAAGCCAUUGCUCCCAGGAGACGUGCUCAUCUCCAACGGUGGGGACUUCGCCCUCGGCUUCUUCUCCCCCACCAAUUCCAGCAACAGUCUGUACAUUGGAAUCUGGUACCACAGCAUCCCAGAGCUAACUGUGGUAUGGGUCGGUAAUCGUGACAACCCAAUCACCGCCCCUUCAACCCCGAAGCUCGCCGUCACCAGCAAUUCGGAGCUGGUGCUGUCAGACUCCAAAGGCCGGACCUUUUGGACAGCAAAGACGAAGAUCGCCACAGCCAGAGGCGCUGGAGCUUUUGCAGUGCUAAGCAACGAAGGUAACUUUGUCCUCCGGUUGCCAAGAGGCAUGGACAUAUGGCAAAGCUUCGAUGACCCGACCGACACCAUGCUUCCGACGAUGAGAUUCUUGCUGAGUUACAAGGCACAGGUGGCUGGGCGCUUCGUCGCAUGGAAGGGCCCUGGGGACCCAUCCACCGGGGAUAUCUCUUGCAGCAUCGAUCCCACCUCAAACAACCUUCAAGCGGUCAUUUGGAACGGGACUUUGCCAUACUUUCGUUACGGUGUUGUUAAUAAUGAUCUCUCGGUAUCCGGCGUCACAUACCAUGGCAAUUCUCUGUCCCAAGGGACGGUCAUCACAGGGGAUAAGAUGUACUGGACGUUCACAGUCUCCCCCGGCUCGCCCUACACUCGCCUUUUACUCCACUACACCGGCAAGAUGAGGCUCCUGAGCUGGAACAACACCACAUCGUCGUGGGCAGUCGUUUCUGAGGCCCCUACUGCUGACUGCGAUCGCUAUGCCUCCUGUGGCCCGUUCGGCUACUGCGACCACACGGAGGCAAUCCCAACAUGCCGGUGCCCUGAUGGGUUCGAGCUGGUUGAUAGUCUCAACUUCUCAAAAGGGUGCCGAAGAAAGGAAGCACUACGAUGCAGGAAGGGGAACCAUUUCACGAUCAUGCCUAAUAUGAAGGUUCCUGACAAGUUCUUGUUCAUUAGGAAUAGAAGCUUCGACCAGUGUGCGGCCGAGUGCAGCAGGAAUUGCUCAUGUAUGGCAUAUGCCUACGCCAACCUAAGUGCUGCCACUAUGGGGGUGGGGGACACAUCGAGGUGCUUGGUUUGGACUGGGGAUCUCAUCGACUUGGAGAAAGCCAGCAGCUUUGCAGAUAACUUGUACGUCCGGCUUGGCGAAUCUCCCGUUCAAAAUAACGGAGAAUUGCUGAAGAUCCUACUGCCAAUUAUAGCAUGUCUGCUGCUACUAGCAUUCGCAGCCCUUGUCUGGAAAUGUAAAAGAGGCAAACAACAGAAGAACAAAGUCCAAACGAAAAUGAUGCUAGAGUACUUCAGAUCUACCGAUGAAGCGGGUAACAAGAGUAUAGAGUUCCCAUUUGUUAGCUUCCAUGACAUUGUUGCAGCAACAGACAAUUUCUCUGACACCAACAUGCUUGGCAAGGGAGGUUUUGGUAAAGUUUACAAGGGAAUGUUGGAUGGUACCACGGAUGUAGCUAUUAAGAGACUAAGCAAGGGUUCUGGACAAGGCACGGAGGAAUUCAGAAAUGAAGUAGUUUUGAUUGCAAAACUGCAGCACAAGAACUUAGUUAAGCUUCUAGGUUGCUGUAUUCAUGAAGAUGAGAAGAUGCUGGUUUACGAGUACUUGCCCAACAAAAGCUUGGAUCGCUUCCUCUUUGACUCUGCAAGAAAGUCAAUGGUUCAGUGGCCGACAAGGUUCAAGAUAAUCCAGGGAGUAGCAAGAGGAAUUAUGUACCUCCACCAGGACUCAAGAUUAACUAUAAUCCAUAGAGAUCUCAAAGCAAGCAACAUUUUGUUAGAUAAAGAGAUGAGCCCUAAGAUAUCAGACUUUGGUAUGGCCAGGAUAUUCUGUGGUGAUCAGCACCAAGUAAAUACUAACCGGAUUGUUGGGACAUAUGGUUACAUGUCCCCUGAAUACGCGAUGGAAGGUGCAUUUUCGGUCAAGUCUGAUACCUACAGCUUUGGUGUUCUACUGUUGGAGAUUGUGAGUGGAUUAAAGAUCAGCUCACCUCAUCUUAUCUUGGACUUCCCUAAUCUUAUAGUCUAUGCUUGGAACUUAUGGAAAGAUGGCAAAACAGAAGAUUUAGUGGACCCAUCUGUUAAGGAGAACUGCCCCUUCGAUGAAGUUUCACGAUGCAUCCAUAUAGGACUUCUGUGUGUUCAAGACAGUCCGAACUCUAGGCCACUCAUGUCAGCGGUUGUAUUCAUGCUCGAGAACAAAACCACGCCACUCCCAAUACCAAUGCAGCCUGUGUAUUUUUCCUGUAGGGACGCUGACCCUGGAAGAACUGGCAACAGUAGGGUAUUGUCCAUGAAUGACAUGAGCCUCACAGCAUUAGAAGGCCGUUAAAUUUUCAACGCCAACUUUUAGUACGUCGAAUGUCAUAAAUUUGCAACAGUGUAAAGUCUUAGCUUAUAACUGUAUAAUGUAUAAUGUAUAUACCUGCAAAAAAAACUGUAUAAUGUAUGGGUGUGUUUAGUUGGUGAAAA